AUAUAAUACACCUGGACUAACAAAAUGAAAUUUUAAUAAAUGUAAAAAUCUCAUGGCUAAGGCAAAGUAUGUAUUACAAUAUUAAAAAAAGAAAAAUAAGAGAAAUUAUUACAUGAGAAUUGUAAAAGUAUAUAAAAACGUAUCCGGAAGUUUCCGAAAGAUAAUAUUAUCAUCCUUCCAUUGAAAUGAGAAACGAGAAAGACACCCACCACUCUGUGCGACUAUGUAACUGAUAAUAAUAUCGUUAAAAAUAUUCAGUUUGUCGCGAGAUCUCCUUCGUGUGCCAAGUUCUUGACGUUAAAGGAUAAAAAAAGAAAAUAAUAUAAAACAAAAAUGAGGUUUUUAUUCUUGUUCCUCGUUUUCUAUUUAUUUGGUCACACCUAUUCGAAGAAAUUUUGUCGAACAAUAACGUCGACAUUUUCGAAUAGAAUAACUUUCGAUUGUACAGAAUUAAAGACUUUACGUGACUAUUUGGAAUCGGCACAAAGUAAUACAACGAAUAUUAAAAUUUAUGGAUCUAAUUUAAAUACUAUCGAGGGAAGACAAACCUUCGUAAAAUUUAGCGCAACUUUACGAGUUUUGGAUCUACAUGAAAAUAAUAUCAAAGUAUUAGAAUCUCGAGCUUUCAUAGGAUUAGUAAAUUUGAAUGAACUAAUACUAUGGGGUAACCAGUUGACAUGGAUAAUUGAUGAUUGGUUCGUAAACCUUUAUAAUCUUCGAACUCUCGACUUAUCGUUCAAUCAAAUACAAACCAUGGAUUAUAACGUCUUCCCGUUGCUUCCUUACUUGGAAAACUUUUACAUCGAUUAUAAUAACUUUCAAACUAUAGACUAUAACAUGUUCGUUUAUAUGGGGAACUUGAAAAGAAUUAGAUUUGGUAAAAAUCCUUGGAAUUGGGGAUAUCGUGCCAUGUUAACCUGGCAAAUGGAGAACCAAAAUGUUGAUUACUCUAGCGAAUGGGAUGAUUGGAAUUGGAUGAGCAACGCGAUAAAAGAUUGCAUGGAAAGCGGUGAGGGUGAAAUUCCGAAUGAUAGUGUAAUCGAUUGUGCUGUCAGGAAACUGUUGGACUUUACGUACGAUACUUUGCACUUCUCUCCUAUUGGAUGGGCAAACGAUGUUGGAUGCGCUCCGGAAGCCAAGAGAUUGAUCAGCUGCGCAAGACCAAAGAAUGUUACUCAAAACACGGAUUAUCAAACAAUACGUAUGAUCCUUCAAGAUUAUAAUAGAGUUUUACUUCCUAUGAUACGAGCACAUAGUUCAUUAAGUUAUAAUUCUAAUUCUCAACUGUAAUACUACGUCAUAAAUAUAUAAUAAAUUCACGUAUAUGAAGAUGUAACUAAAUAUAAUUAACAAAAAAAAUGUUAUCCGAAUACUAUAUGAAAAUCUAUAUUGUGAUUGUCGUUAAUUAUUAAACUGUAUAAAUAAUAUUGAAAUUUUUGAUUAGUUUAUAUUUAAAUA